AUGAAGAGGGGUCCAUCCAGCCAUACCCUGCGUUCCCAGAGCCCAGAGCUCCAGUACUCCCAGUCUCUCCAGCCAGACGGAGCCCUGACACACACCGCCCGCAGAACCGGAGAACCGGAGAACCUGUCAUCCACCGGAGCCAGGAGGACGCCUUCACUGGUUCUCUGUGCAGACGGACCGAGACAUAAAACCUACCGGCAGAUCUCACCCUGCGCCUCCCGCACCGCCCCGGAAAGCCUGCACCACCCAAACCACCCGGACAGCCUGCACCGCCUGGACCGCCUGCACCACGCUCUGGACGUGAGGCAGACGGGCGGCUCCAGAAGAGAGAGACCCCCCACCCAGCUGGAGGAGUUCUCCGUCCCCAAGGAGAACCUCCUCCCUCAGGCCGUUCCUCGCGGAGCCCAACGCCUCCUGGAGCCGGCGGAGCUCCGCCUCCUGGGGCCACUCCCCGUGGAGCCCCUCCUCCUGGAGCCGGCGGAGCUCCGCCUCCUGGAGCCCCGUCUGGCCCGCAGCGCGGGGGAGGAGGAGGAGUCCACCUUCGGCCAAUCGUUUGAGUCGGACUGGGUGACCACGCCCCAGGACACCGACAUCACCUCCGCCCCGGAGCAGGCCGGAGAGGAUUCCGGUCACCACGGUAACAGCUCCAUCCCUCCAGAUCACCACGGUAACAGCUCCGGCCCCCCGGGGCCCCUGCGGCCCUCCUCGCCCCUGGAGGAGGGCUCUGCGGCGGGCUACGCCAUGCUGGGUCUGGGGGCGCUGGUCCUGGCCCUGGGGGUGCUGGGUAACAUGGCCGUCAUGUGCGUGGUCUGGAACAACUACUACAUGAGGUCCGCCUGGAACUACCUGCUGGCCAGCAUGGCCUUCUGGGACUUCCUGGUGCUGGUCUUCUGUCUCCCUGUGGUCGUCCUCAACCAGCUCUCCCAUAGGAGGAUUCUCAGUGACAUCACCUGCCGCAUGGUGCCUUACAUGGAGAUGACCUCGCUGGGCAUCACCUCCUUCUCGCUGUGCGCCCUGGGCAUCGACCGGUUCCACGCGGCCACCAGCGGCUCGCGACCCCGCCCGCGGCGCGUGGAACGCUGCGGCACCGUGCUCCUCAAGCUGCUCCUGGUGUGGGGCUGCUCCCUGCUCCUCUCCAGCCCAGAGCUCUUCCUCUGGGAGCCCUCCUCCUCCUCCUCCUCCUCCCACACCCUGGUGGACUCCUGCUCCCUCACCCCCUCCUCCCCCCUCUCCCUGCUCCUCCCCGACUCCCUGCACUCCCUGUUGCUACGAUACCACCAGGGGCGUAUGUGGUGGUGUUUCGGCUGCUACUUCUGCCUGCCCGUCCUCUUCACGCUGCUCUGCCAGCUCGCCACCUGCAACGUCAGCAGCGACUCGAGCUCCGCCCAGAAACAGCGUAGCCAUGACGACCAGUCGGCCCAUCAGUCGCGGGAGCAGCACGCGGCCGCAGAGCGGAAGCUGAGCUGCACGGUGCUGGCGCUGGCCGUGGUGUACGCCGUGUGCGUUCUGCCAGAACACGUGUGUAACAUCACGCUGGCGUACACACAGAUCAGCCUAUCACAGGACACCCUGGCCCUCAUGGCCCUCCUACAUCACUUCCUGCUCUUCUUCAAGUCCUCCGUCACGCCCGUACUGCUGCUGUGCCUGUGCAAGGCUCUGGGCCAGGCCUUCAUGGACUGCUGCUGCUGCUGUUGUCAGGAGUGUCAGCCAAUCAACUCGCAGGGCUCACCAGGCUCUGCCCACAUCAAGCUGAAGACAGCCAAUGAAGUGGCCUCGUCUGCCAUCUUCUUUGAAAAGGCUAAAGAUUCAUCAGCUAUCCUAUCUAUCUCCAGCUAG